UGAGUAGAGAAGACACACACAACAGCGCUACAACAAUGUCUUCUGUGGCUAAAGAGGAAAGGCAGAAGAGACGUACUCUGGUGCUGAGGCCCUCCUCUCGGACCAUCAAUGUUUCAGUGUCGGGCAUACAUGGAGUCAACCAAAGUACAAGAUACUCAAACGGCGUCGUCGGUUCACCGAGCAGAAAAAGUUUCAGCCUGGGCGGUGGAAGCAAACUCCUGGAGAAGAGCGUCGUUCAGACUCCGAGACAAGCUGCUCGGGUGUUCGAUGAAGAAGGCAAUGACGUCACUCCUCAGGUGUUGUACCAGGCAGAUCCAGCAGCUGUGCAGGCUAAAGCCAGCAGGUUCUUUAUGGAUGAAAUAUCUGCUGGUGGAUCAGCAUCAGACCAGACAACAACCACUGGGAGCUUCACAAUGCCUUUCUCCAGGUCAUUGUUAGGAAGCAGCAGAAUAUCCAGCCAGUCUACCAUAGAAUCUCUGAAUGAAGAGAUUGAGGAUACAUUUUCCAAACGGGACGGGAUGUCCAUCAACAUCCCAGAUGUGCAGGGGAAAAGAGACGCUAUGAAAGAACUUGUGACAGAGGAUAUGUUGAAAGAGGUCAUUGAGGUCUACAUCUCUGAGACAGACAGCAUUUCACUGCUGGACAUACCGAGCACAUUCGUGUCAGUGGAUGCUCAUGAUGCAGAAGCUAUCAUAGAGAGAAACAAUCAGUAUGCUGAGGUUUGCAGGAACAGAAUGGGCAAUGAUAAGUACGUGGAUCGAUCAAUGCAGACAUUGAAUGGAGAAGCUAAGAAUAAACAGGUCCAGAGCGACAGCAUCGUCAUGGUGGACACAGCCGCGACUGUUACCGCCUGGGACAUGUAUGACACUUAUAUCAGCCCCGAGCAGGACGAAACAGUGUGUGUCCCUCAAGCAGAGAGGGCUGACUAUCCAGAGGUUGCUGUGGACACCAGCAGAGGGGCAGAGAAGAACAUGUCAGUGGGCAGUUCAACCAGUACAGGCAGUGUUGCUAGCUCAUUGAAAGAACAGGAAGCGUUGGGGAACGGUUUAAAUGCUGAGUCAGAGCUGCAGUUGAUCAUGCUGUCAGAGAAAUUCCAACACUUGUUACUUGUAACAGAGAGGAGCAUACUGGGAAAUGUCUUCCAACCCAAGCUGGCCGCUUACAGAGAGCUGCCCAUACUGGAAGACUCAGACAUUCCAAUGAAGCCUGGGACGGUGGAGCAGAGGGAGGAUACAGAAAGCCCCCGACCUCCAGCUGUGGAGUGUCUCUGGGCAUUCAGCUGUGAGCUCAGCAGAGGACGCAGCGUCAGCAGCAUGGCCUGGAACAAGAAGUACCCGGACCUCUUGGCUGUGGGCUAUGGUGAGCUUGACUCCAGUAACCAGAAACCAGGCUUGGUGUGCUGCUGGUCUCACAAAAACCCCACUUGGCCUGAGCGUGUCAUAUACUGUGACAGCGCUGUCACUUCCUUGGAUUUCUCAUUCAACAACCCCAGUCAGCUGGCUGUAGGCAUGCAAGAUGGCAGUCUCGUUAUCUACAAUGUGCAGAGUCGAAACCAGUUAUGCGUUGUCAGCAGCAGUGAAUGUACCAACAAGCACUUGGCUCCAGUGUGGCAGAUAAGGUGGACGCAACAAGAUUUGAGCUUAACAGGAGAGGAGAAGUUAGAAGCUCUCUAUACUGUGGCUGCAGAUGGCAAGAUUUGCAAGUGGUUCAUCUGCAACAAUGGCCUCGACUGCAUAGAGCUGAUGAAGCUCAAGAAGAUUCAUAAUACAAAGAAGAAGGCUGGAGGCAACAAGACAGAAAAAAAGACAGAGAGUGUUCUGUCAGCACUGUCUCCCGGCCUGUGUUUUGACUUCCAUCCAAGAGAUUCCAGUAUCUACUUGGUUGGCACAUGGGAAGGUCUCAUCCAUAAGUGCUCCAGCUCCAACAGUCAGCAGUUUCUGGAGACUUACAGGAAGCACUUUUGUCCUGUGAACUGCAUCAUAUGGUGUCCACUCAUUCCUGAUGUGUUCCUGAGCUGCUCCUCUGACUGGACCAUCCAGUUGUGGAAGCAGGACCACCUCAACCCUGUGUUAGGUUUCAGCUCUACGCAGAAAGCUGUGUGUGACAUCAAGUGGUCCCCGAAGUGUGCCACAGUAUUUGGAGCUGUCAAUGAGGGACAGCUAGAAAUUUGGGACCUGAAUUCCAGCAUCUUGGACCCAGUCAUUGUGCAGCCUGCUGCCCCUGGAGUGAAGAUGACGUCCCUGCUGUUUGCCACACAGACAGACUGUGUCCUGGUAGGAGACAGUGACGGUCAAGUGACGGUCUACCAGCUCAAGAACCUCAGUGUGGGAAAGAACAGCCAGGUGGAUAUUCUGGAAGAUAUCAUCCGCUCUGCAGCUUCCAGAUAGCUUUCAGAAACACACACAGAUGUAUCCUCAAGCCAUUUGGGUUUCAUUAGUGUAUUUUAAUUCAAUUACACUUAAUUGUUUCAACCUAAUUCAACUUUAUUGUUCUUCCAAAAAAGAACCACCGCUAAUAUAAUUCUUAGAAACACACCAUUAUGUAAUUUGUAUGUGUAUUUGUAUCAGUUUUGGAAAAUGUAUAUUGAAUUAAAAUAUGUGAACCAAAAGGGUAACUGUGCAGGACAGACUGGAAACUGUCGUAAGUUUCACACACUGCUGCCUUCACUCAUAUGCCAUAUAACCAGCCUGAUGUAUUAUAUGUCCACCGUGUAACACUUAGGAGGAUCUACUGGCAGAAAUGGAAUAUAAUAUUCAUAGGUAUGUUUUUAUUAGUGUAUAAUGACCUGGAAAUAUCAUCAUGUCAUGUUCCUACAGUCACUUUAAUGGAUAUAUGAUGGAUCAGCACCAACAAGCACAGAAACUCAACAUUAGGAUUAUAAUGCCAACUUCCCCUGCUACUUCUUUCUAAUCCAUAACAGCGCACUCUGAUGCUCAGAACAGUAUUUGAAUUCAACUAUAAAUUCAGAGAUUGAGUUUCUAUCAAUGAGUGUGAAGGUUAAGAGGUGAUUUUGACAUUUUUUAACUUGUUUUCAGAAGAUAUUUGUGCCCUACCAAAUUACAUUUGACAUCAUUUCUGCAUGUUUAUUCAGUAUCUUUACAGAUGUGAUGGCAAAGGUCACCAGUUACCAAGACAACCUUGAGGAUGGAGACAAAAUUUGCUUCAUAAAGGGUUUCAUUCUUUGA